UGACAACAGCAAUGUUUGGAUUUUGAGACUGCCUCCAAUUCAGAAUGGCAGUUGAUGAGAGGCCGCAAGUUUAAACAGAAAGAAAGAGGUGCACAGCAGCUGCUCAACACUUUCAGCAGCUGUGAAAACUCGUAACUGGCUGCUGCUCACUGGUUGUGGAAGGCUUUCAUUCAAGCUCAGGCUCGAGAUGGCAGACAUCAUGAUGAACUUGAAGAGCCUUCAGCCCGAGUAUGGGCUAGGAACAAGGGAGGAGUCCCUGCUGUGUCUCAAAAGCCGUGCGAAAGGGCUGGCAGUGAAUGGCUGUGCCCAUGCAGUCUUCUUCUGCAAACUGCUGCAGGCCACCUGGCCACAAGAAGAAAGUAGUAAGGAUGUGACUGUUUACUCCCCGGAACCCAAGAGCAGCCCAAGCCUGAAGAUUGGGAUUAUUGGUGGAGGUCAUAUUGGGAAACAGCUGGCCAGGGCACUUAUUGAACUGAGUGGCAUUCCAGGAAAGAACCUCCAGAUCUCGACAAGGCGGCCAGAGACUCUGUUGGAAUUCCAAAAAUUGGGAGUUGUCUGCUUUUACAACAACAGGCAGCUGGUGGACCAGGCAGAUGUUGUAUUUCUCUGCUGCCUCCCGUGUCACCUCCCAAACAUCUGCUCAGAAAUUCAGGAUGCACUCAAAGAACACUGUAUUAUAUAUAGCCUGGUCACUGCUUUCCCUCUGCCCAGGCUCAAGCAACUCCUUUCCUGCAGUGCCAUCUUGAGGCCACAGUAUGAAUGCACCGACACUGAACCUGUUGAUGUGUGGGCAACUAGCAGGGCGGUUGUGGAAGCACUCAAAGACCCAGCUGUCAUCCAGGCUACAUGUCCCUGUAGCCCUACAGGGAGAAUUGCUGUUAAUAUAAAGUGGCUGGCAGCCGUUUUCUAUGCAGCAUUAAACAGCUACUCAUGGCAGCAUUUAUCCCACGUGAGGACCUUGAGCUUACUCAAUCAAGUGUGUUUUACUGAAGAUUUUGCUACCACCUCUGAAAAAAAGCCAUUUUUUAUUUGUGAAAACUUUGUCAACAAAGAUUUUGCUUCCUCUCUAGCACCUGAUGACACCUUCCCUUGGUUUGACCUAACAACUGUACAGCUAAAGGAGUCUCCUCUUAGCCAGCUUUUAGCAACAGAUACAUCUUUCCGGGACAACAUUGCUUCAGUCUACUGUAACAUGAUGGCAGUACCUCCCACAAACAAUGACGAAUCCAUGACAGCCACCUCUAAAAAGAUUUCUCUUUCAGCAGUGCUGUUGAAUCCUGCCAAAGCUUUGAAUGUUGGCAUUGAUGGAACUUACAAAGGCAAUGUGGAUGAUGCCCACAGCAGUGAUUCUGAAGGACUCUAAAAUGGCUAUUCUGUGAUUCCAAACCUUUCAGAAGUAGAAAGGUUUUGCUUUUAUAUACAUAAAAGAACUGUGGGAGUCCAUGAGACUUAAACUGUAUGACAAAACAAAGUGAAUAGCAAAUUGCUAUUAGCAAUACUAAUGGAAUUCUCAAAGAGCAUGAAAGCUAUUUGACUUGCAUUCUAGCUAAUCUGUCCUUGCUCUGAUAAUAAUAGCUGGACACCAUGAAAAUGAUUUAAAUAAGUAUCCUUGGUAGUUUUGCAAGGUAAUAGUGAUGACCACAUACCCCAGUUCAGGAUAAGGGGGAAAUAGGCACUGAACUACUUAAGGCUUUCCUGAAAACACACUCUAUUAAAAUCAGUGAGAUAUACUCUAAAUAAAUGCUUUGGAUUGAUAUUUUAAACAAUGCUGCCUGUAAUGAAGCG